AUGUCUACCAUGUCCUUUCCACUGCAUCGCAACCCUCCCUUCCGCGCUGAGCAUCUGGGCUCCCUCAAGCGCCCACAGUACCUCCUUGACGCGCGAUACAAAGAAGGCAAAUCCGCCCAAGAGCUGAACCCCCUCGAGGACAAAGCCAUCAACGAUAUCGUGCAAGCGCAGCUAGACUUGGGCUUCCACGGCAUUAGCGAUGGCGAAUACCGCCGACAUAUGUUCUGGGGCACCUUCUGGCCGACCCUGGAGGGCAUGGAAGAAGUGCAAAAUCCACCCAUUGAGACGUUCAGGUUGUAUGUGCCUGAUAUCGCGGCUUUCAUGGAGACGGGACAUAAGCCCGGUGAGAGCGUGUAUUGCACUGGAAAGAUCAAGCAUACGGGCGAAAGCACCUACAUCCGUCAGGUAGAAUAUCUGAAGAGCAUUCUGCCACAGGAGAAAUGGGGUGAUAUCAAGCUCACCAUGGCCGCUCCGAAUUGGUAUCAUCUGAGGUAUGUCGAUGGGAAGGCGUUCCCCAAGGACGUGUACAAGAACGACAAGGAAUACUUUGCGGAUGUCGCAAAAGCGUACCAAGCGGAAUUAGACAUCCUGUACAAGGCCGGCCUCAGGAACGUCCAAUUUGACGACCCUAACCUGGCAUAUUUCUGCUCCGAGAAGAUGCUGGAGGGAUGGAAGAAAGACCCUAACAACACCGUGACCGCCGACGAGCUCCUUGACCUGUACAUCGAGCUUUACAAUGACUGCACCAGAAUGAUACCGGCCGACAUGCACGUCGGCGUCCACUUGUGUCGAGGUAACUUUGUCAACUCGCGCCACUUCUCCGAAGGCGGCUACGACCGCAUUGCGACCAAGCUCUUCACCCAACUCGACAUGCACACAUACUAUCUAGAGUACGACACUCCACGCGCGGGAGGUUUUGAACCGCUUGCGCAUCUUCCGAAGAACAAGAAUGUAAUCCUUGGUGUCGUCACGAGCAAGUUUCCGGAGCUUGAAGACAAGGAGAAGAUGAAGGAGAGGAUCUACCAGGCAGCGGACAUCAUGGCGAAGGGUCAAGGAGAGAGCAGAGAGGAGAGCUUGAAGAGGUUGGGCGUGAGCCCGCAGUGUGGCUUUGCGAGUCAUGCGGAGGGAAAUCUUAUUGAUAUCGAAGGCAUGAAGAAGAAGUUGGCUUUGGUCAGGCAGAUCGCCGAUGGGGUCUGGCCUGGCGAGCCAUGA